AUGCAUUCGAUUAAGCACCAGGCUCGAAACAUUGCCUGGAGGCACAACGACGGCGAGGCCAACUACAACCCCUUCGCCAGGCGCUCGCGGUCCUAUGCCGGACGACUGGAAGACGUCGAGAACAACCUGCAGCGUCGCCAUACAGCAGACCAGGUCAUGUCGGAUAGCGCUGCUAGGCGUAAUGAUGCGCGCAGUAUAGACAACGCCGACUUCGCCUACCCGCCCCAUGCCAACACAGCGCCUCCCGAGUCUAGUUCUUCUUUCGACUCACCCACAUCCAAUGGACCUCUUGUUGGUCAAUCUGAUAUCAAACCAUCCAGGGAGAAGGACAGCCUACCACUCGACAGGGACAACUCUCGUUCCAUAUCAGAGAAGAAUGAGACAGAGCCCGAGCACAAACCACGGAAGCGUCUGGCACUCAUGAACAUGAUCGGUGCACCAGACCGCACCAAGGACGAUGAUCGUGACCUCGAACGCUCCGACACUGCCGACACCAAUGACACCAAGAAGAAGAGGCGACCAAAGAUCAGCGUUGUCAGUCAGCUCAAGGCUACUCUUCUCGGCUCAUGGGUCAAUGUUCUUCUGGUUUGUGUUCCAGUCGGCUUCGCUCUCCGGUAUGCUCACUCAAACGGAAUUGCUAUCUUCGUCGUCAACUUCGUUGCCAUCAUUCCCCUUGCUGCCAUGCUUUCCUUUGCUACUGAAGAGCUCGCCAUGUAUGUUGGUGAGACAUUGGGAGGUCUGCUCAAUGCCAGUUUUGGUAACGCUACCGAACUCAUCGUUGGUAUCAUCGCUCUGGCACAGAACAAGAUCCUUAUCGUCCAGACUUCUUUGAUCGGCAGUAUGCUAUCCAACUUGUUACUGGUACUGGGCAUGUGUUUCUUCUUUGGUGGCAUCAACCGCGUCGUUCAGCACUUCAACAUCACUGUCGCUCAAACAGCUUCCAGUAUGCUUGCUGUCUCGAUUGGCUCGUUGAUCAUCCCCACCGCUUUCCAAAAGUUCGGCAACAACCCUGCUGGCGGCGUCGCUCCCAUCUCACGAGGAACAGCUAUCAUCUUGCUUCUUGUUUACUUUGCCUACCUCAUCUUCCAGCUCAAGACCCAUGUCGAGAUCUACAACACUCCUAGCCAAAAAUCAGAGAAGAAGAAGGGCUCGGCCCGAGAGAAGGGUGAGACUCUGAUGGGAAUUGCUCGCAUUGGUGCUGGUACUGCUGCUUCAGCUGGUGGUCAAGUCAACCAGUCCAACCUCGUUUAUAACGAGGACGAUGAGGAAGAAACACCAUCCCUGACUAUCGUUGGUGCUCUCGUCACUUUGACUAUUGCGACAGUCCUAAUCGCCUUCAACUCCGAGUUCAUGGUUAGUGGCAUUGACUAUAUUGUGGAAACUGGACACAUUUCCGAGGAGUUUGUUGGUCUCAUUUUGGUCCCCAUUGUUGGCAAUGCUGCAGAACACGCGACUGCUGUCACCGUCGCCAUCAAGGACAAGAUGGACCUCGCGAUCGGUGUCGCUGUUGGCUCGAGUAUGCAAAUCGCCCUCCUCGUCCUUCCUCUUAUGGUCGUCAUCAGCUGGAUUGGAUUGGGACACGACGCCAUGACUCUCGACUUCGACGGCUUCCAAGUCGCAGUACUCUUCAUCGCUGUUCUUUUGGUCAACUACCUCAUUCAAGACGGUGAGAGUCACUGGCUUGAGGGGGUCCUAUUGAUGGCGGUAUAUAUUAUCAUCGCUGUCAGCGCGUGGUUCUACCCAGCAGCAGGAGAUCUGGUUGGGUGA